CUGGGUCCUGGGAGGCACCUGGGAGCCUGGUCUGUACUCAGCGUCCUCCCUGCCCUGUGCUUUAGUAGCUGUGGUUUCCUAUUGCUGCCUCCCGGGUCUCAGAGGAGCAAGGAGCAGCAGGCAGGUGUGUGGCAUUGCUCAAGCUGUUAGAGCUCCCAAGGGAAACACAGGACAUCUGGAGGCAUGUCUGGAUAGCUGAACCACUUUGUUUGCUGGUUUUAUUUCCUGUGAGAAAAUGAGCUACAACCUUUUUCUCCUGGCUUUUGUCCUGGGCAUUACUGGAGCUUUCCACUAUGGAUUGCAGGUCUCCAUUAUCAAUUCUCCUGCUGAGUACAUCCAGAGUUUCAUCCGUGAGACCUGGCUGAGGAGAUAUGGCUUCUCUCCCAGUGCAGAGAUGAUGACUUUGAUGUGGUCCUUCAUUGUGUCCAUUUACAGCAUUGGUGGGCUCCUGGGCUCCUCGUCUGCUGGGUACUUGUCUGUUAGGUUUGGAAGGAAGAAGGCCCUGCUGCUUGCCAACAUCCCUGCUCUGCUGGGUGCAGCUCUGAUGGGACUCAGCCGGCUGUGUGGAUCUUUUGAGAUGAUCAUGGCUGGAAGGUUAUUUUCUGGAGUCUGUGGAGGCUUAGCUCAGAAUGUCCAUAUCAUGUAUGCUGGGGAAUGUGCUCCACGGAAUCUCCGUGGGCUGAUUGCCAUAACAGCUUCUACCUCCAUUGCUACUGGAAAAUUUAUAGGAUUUGCUCUGGGUCUCAGAGAAGUUCUUGGAGUGGAGGCUCUCUGGCCAGUUCUCCUGGCAGCCAAUGCAGUCCCUGCCCUUGUUCAGCUUCUCACCCUCCCCUUCUUCCCAGACUCUCCUCGCUACCUGCUCAUUGACAGAAAGGACAAGGAGGGAUGCAUCAAAGCUGUGAAGCAGCUCUGGGGAGAUGGGGACCACAUGGCUGAAAUAGAUGACAUGAUGUCAGAGCAGAAAGCCAUCGGUGGGGAGAAGGCCAAGGGCGUGUGGGACCUGCUGCGGGACAGGGCGGUGCGCUGGCAGCUGCUCACGCUCUUCCUCGUGGUGUCCUGCAUGCAGCUCAUCGGCGCCAGCGUGGUUUACUCUUAUGCAUACAGCAUCUUCACAAAGGCUGGAAUCCCCCCUUCUCAAACCCAUUAUGUCUCCCUGGGGGUUGGGACCGCUGAGAUCCUCUCCACAGUUCUGUGUGGAUUCCUCAUUGACCGUGCAGGGAGGAGGACACUGCUGUGGAAAACCUACACAGUGAUGGCCUUGGCUCUAGGGCUCCUCACAGUCACACUCUCACUGCAGGACUCCUAUUUCUGGGUACCAUACUGCUCUGUCGCACUUGUCUUUAUUUUCAUCAUGAGCUUUGGCAUUGGGCCAGGUGCAGUAGUAUGCCCCUUGAUCACAGAAAUAUUUAUUCAGUCCUACAGACCAACUGCUUAUGUUUUUAAUGGUGUUACAAACUGGAUCCAGCUCUUCAUCCUUGGGCUUGUGUUCCCUUUCAUUGUGGAAGGUCUUGGUAAUUUCUGUUUCAUCAUUUUCCUGACAUACUGCCUGUCCAUGGCUAUUUUUGUGCUCCUGGUGCUGCCAGAGACCAAAGGGAAGAGCAUGCUGCAGGUCAUGGAGGAGUUCAACCGCCUGAACUACCGUGGGAAGAGGGGACAGGCAGCCCUACAGCAGAGCAACUGCUCAGUGGUGACUGUUACCAGGCUUUGAGAACAAACCCUCCACUUCAUAUAUUUUGCUCUUUUAUUCCUGUAGUGCCCAGAAGUCUCACUAAGCAAGAGAGAAUCCAUAGGUCCACCAAAAAAAUCACCUUCAGUACAGGGUGCAGCAUGAACUUGGUGGUUCUCUCCAGCUUCUGAAAUGUGAGCUGAAUUAAUUCCUCUGUAGGAAAAAAAUUUAACACAGUUUAUAGAGAAAAUAAGAUCUUUGUCAGUCCUUCCAAGCUUGCAGUUGUAAAAUGAAAACACAGGAUCUGCUAUUUUUUGGCCAAACCAGGACUCCACAGCUGGAAGAAGUGAUUCUGGAAGAAUGAGAGGCACAGCAAACUUGAAAAGAAGACAGAGCUUUGACACUGAAAUUUUCUGCUCCUAUUAACAAGUCAGUGCUGCUGAGCUUUCCCAGAGAAUAAAGAUGUUUAGCUCUUUAAUGCAGUGGAAGCAGGGUGCCUUGCCUGUCAGAAUCAGGCAGAAUCAGUGUGCAGUGCUCCCCCCACGUUUACAGUCUUGGAGAUUGUUCUAUUGGGAAAACCAGAGGAACACCGUUCUUGAAGAAUUUAAUUCAUCUGUGUGACUGUUUGCUUUUCUUUCCCUGUCUCUGAGUAUUUCACUUUUUCAUUUCUGAAACCUGGUAAAAAUGACUUCACAUUUGUGGUCAUUGCUGUAUGACAUGACACAUUUUUGGUCUUCUUCAUGCUUUAAAGUUUUCUGAUAAGGAAAUAAAAAGCAGUGACUAGGGAAACACAUCCUUCUGAUUGUGCCUGGGUAGAUUUUCAUGGAAUGAAGAGUCAGGGACAGAGGAGACCCCAUCUUCUGGGGCAGUGUUGUUGGGGUCAAGGAAUACUGUCUCUGUCUUAUUCUGGAGAUGAGAUCUUCACUACCAACGGAUGCAGAUGCUGCAUAAUAAAUUUUGCAAAAGGAUCUGAAUAUUGAGCAGCAGUUUCUUUCACAGCUCUAAGGCUCCAGUUAUUUUAUCUUCACAUCAUCCUCCAGCAGUUUUUGUGGCAGUACCAAAAAGCUAAUGCCAGGAGCAAGGAACUUUCCCAACACAGUAUGAUAAUCAUCAUACUACCAAAAAAACUAGAUAAAGUUCACUGUUUUAAGGCUUGAGAUCAAUGAUUGCACAGUGCCACUUUAAUAACCAACAUACAUUCCUUCUGGUCAGAAAUGCAGGGGAAAUAAAAAAACAUUGGAAGUGUUUUG